UCAAACUCAAAAAAAAAAAAAAAAAAAGGAAGAAGAACUAUCUGAAAGACUGAAAUCCUAAGACCAAAAUUUUCAAACAUGCAGAGGUCAAAUAAGAGAAUUAGACAAGAUGAAACUUCUAAUUCCCUCCAAAAUAACCACCAAUUUCAGCAGCCAAGGCUUACUGGAGAUCAAGAGUAUUCUGUUAUGGUUUCUGCUUUGCAAAAUAUCAUCAAUGGUAGUAUUCCCGUGGAAAGUAAUCAAGAAUUCAAUUCAUUUUCACCUUUUCAAAAUUCAUUUUCACCUUUUCAAUAUUAUAGCCCCACUGCAACUACCAUUACCGCCUCGUCUUCGCCUUCCACCAGCAUAUCUACGAGUUUCGAACAAGUUUUGGGUGUCCCAGCAGAACAAGAACCUUGUCAGUUUUGCAGAAUCCAAGGUUGUUUAGGCUGCGACAUUUUCGGAACCACAUUUUCUUCUUCUGCUGUAGCCACUCCUGCUGUUGUUGCUCCUGCUGAUAAUAAGAAGAAGAGUACAACAAUCACGAUGGCGAAGAAGAAAAAGAAGAAUUACAGAGGAGUGAGACAGAGGCCAUGGGGAAAAUGGGCAGCAGAAAUUCGCGAUCCUAGAAAAGCUGCGCGUGUUUGGCUUGGAACUUUUAAUACAGCAGAAGAUGCAGCUAGAGCUUAUGAUAGAGCCGCCAUUGAAUUUAGGGGUCCACGAGCUAAGUUGAAUUUUUCCUUUGCUGAUUAUACUGUUGACACUCAAGAACAACAGUGCACUUCAUCUUCUUCACCACAACAAUUGCCAGAAGAGAAACAACAGUUGAAGCAAGGAAAUAAUAAUAAUGCUGAUUUUGGAAGUGAAAUUUGGGAUCAAUUGAUGGGUGAUAAUGAGAUUCUAGAUUGGUUGACGAUGAUGAAUUUCAAUGUGGAUUCUUCUGAUUCUACUGGCGGGAAUGUUAACAGCUUUUAAGUUUCAGUUACUCCAAUUCAAAAAAGACAAGAAAUUAAAAGAAAAAAAAAAAAGAACUUACUAUAUUAAGGUUCUUUGCCCAGUUGUAUUUUUUAUCAAAUUUGGGCUCUCGUACAUAGAAAAAAAUAGUACGUAGUAAGUGUCUACCCAUUUUUGGGUUGUGCCAUAUGUAGUUCGGCAUAAUAGUCGAAUGAAAUGUAAAAAUUAUGACGAAUAAAUUUGAAUGAAAUAUUGUUUUUGUA